GUUUGCUAGCCUGUCAAUCGUUCAUUCCCGCUUUUCCGGCUGUGGGCGGGAUUUCUUAGCGCUUCUCGCGCUCUGAUUGGCCGCUGCCCUUUCCCCUCACGCUCAUUUCCAACAUGGCGGCGUCCGAAGCGGUCGCGCUGCUGGAGGCGCUGCGAGCGCAGGCGGCGGAAGUGGCGGCGCACGGGCGAGAGAUGCUGCGGAAAGUGAGGGGAGGGCAGCUGGAGACCAAGGAGCAGGGGGUGUCGCUGCUGCAGGUGCGCUCGCAGGCGCUCCUGAGUUACCUGCAGGACCUGGCCCUGCUCGUCUGCUCCAAAACCCGGGGGGGCUCCCUCAAAAACUCGGGGGGGGCCCUGGAGCGGCUGCUGGAGACCAGAGUGGUGCUGGAGAAGCUCCGCCCCCUGGAGCAGCGCCUCAAGUACCACCUGGAGAAGCUGCUGAGGGCGGCGGCCUCGGGAGGGCGUGGUGCCGAGGAUCCGCUGAGCUUCCGCCCCGCCCCCUCCAACAUGGCGGCGCAGGAGGAGGAUGAGGGCGAGGAAGGCCAAGGGGGCGGAGCCAAAGCCCCGGGGCUGGGGGGAGGGCGGCGCUACGUCCCGCCCCGCCUGGUGCCCGUGGCCUGCGGUGAGUCUGGAAACCCCGCCUUCCUCAUUUGCAUACCAUUUACAUCUCAUUUGAAUCCCAUUUUCUUUAUCUUGACCCCAUUUCCCUCGUUUAAAUCCCGUUGUAAUCUCAUUUGCAUGCCGUUUGCAUCUCAUUUGCAUGCCAUUUCCUUCAUUUUAGCCUCAUUUCCCUCAUUUUAAUCUCAUUUUAGU